AUGUCGUCGUCCAACAACCCCACGCAGCAAGCACAGCAAACACAGCAAGAAACCACACCCUCCUUCAAGGAGCAGCUCGACCAUAAGGCUCGUGUUGCGCGAGAUCCCAACUACGGCAAGGAAGAGCCUCAACCAACCCUCCUAGAGAAAGUCACCGAGUAUGUACCACAAGUAGGCAAUAUUCUGGGCACAGGAGCCCAGAAGAAAGAGGACGAAGGUCGCAAGGUGCCUGAGUCCAUCCCAGGCCCGCCUCACCGGCCGGAUCAUGACCUUCAGGUCGAGGAGUUCCUCAAGGAGCAGCACCGGAGCAAGAAGGGCGAGAACGGACAAAUCGUCGACCACUGA